CCCCCUCCCUCCCUGUCUCCGGCGCCUUCGAAGGGGAAUGGCCGGGCUUUUCCGCGGGGUCCUGGCGCUGGGCGGUCGGAGGGGGCUCCUUAGACCCCCGGCGCCCCUGCACCGCAGCUACCAGACCGAGAGGGGCGUCUACGGCUACAAGCCUAGCCGAAAGGCCGAGGGCGGCGGGGAGCGACCGGACCCCUCCCGGAGAGCAGUCGACCAUGGGCUAGCUCGGCUAGUAACUGCAUACCAUGAACAUGGCCACAAAGCUGCCAAAAUCAACCCUUUGUUUGCUGGUCAAGCUGUGAUGGAUAUGGUACCUGAAAUCCAAGUUCUGACUGAAGGACUCCAGGGACCUUUCAACAUUGCAGGACUUCUGAACAUGGGAAAGGAGGAAGCAUCCCUUGAGGAUAUAUUGUCUUACUUGGACCAUAUGUACUGUGAACAUAUGUCUAUAGAGACCAGCCAGCUGUCGACCUUGCAAGAAAGGGAAUGGAUUACAAAGCGGUUUGAGGAGCUGAAGCACGAGGCAUUCACUACCGAAGAGAAAAAGUACUUGUCCAAGCUCAUGCUAGAAUCCCAGGAAUUUGAUCAUUUUUUGGCCACAAAGUUUGCCACUGUGAAAAGGUAUGGUGGCGAAGGAGCAGAGAGUAUGAUGGGUUUCUUUCAUGAAUUGUUAAAGAUGUGCUCAUAUAGUGGGGUGACAAACAUUGUUCUUGGAAUGCCUCAUCGGGGCAGACUUAACCUCCUCACAGGCCUUCUCCAGUUUCCACCUGAGCUAAUGUUUCGUAAAAUGCGAGGCUUGAGUGAAUUCCCAGAGCCUUCGCCAGCCAUUGGAGAUGUCUUAUCCCACCUAACCGCUUCAGUAGAUCUGGAUUUCGGAUCUCACCGCCCUAUUCAUGUCAUCUUGUUGCCAAAUCCUUCUCAUCUAGAAGCCAUUAAUCCAGUGGCAGUUGGCAAAACAAGGGGAAGGCAACAAUCUUUGCUGGAUGGGGAUUAUUCUCCAGAAAGUUCUGCACAGCCUGGAGACAAAGUCAUCUGCCUGCAAGUUCAUGGUGAUGCUUCUUUCUCUGGUCAAGGCAUUGUUCCUGAAACAUUUACAAUUUCCAAUUUGCCACACUUUAGAGUUGGAGGAAGUAUUCAUCUCAUUGUCAACAAUCAGCUGGGCUACACCACUCCGGCAGAGCGAGGAAGAUCCUCUUUAUACUGUAGUGAUAUUGGCAAGAUUGUUGGCUGCGCAGUUAUUCAUGUGAAUGGGGAUGACCCUGAAGAAGUGAUCCGGGCUGCACGAUUGGCCGUUGAAUACCAGCGCCAUUUCCGUAAGGAUGUUAUUGUGGAUUUGUUGUGCUAUCGCCAGUGGGGUCACAAUGAGUUAGAUGAGCCAUUCUUCACCAAUCCAACCAUGUAUAAAAUCAUCAGGUCCCGGAAGAGUAUUCCGGAUACGUACGCAGAAUGCCUAGUAACCCAGGGACUCAUGACAGAGGAAGAAGUGUCUGAGAUAAAGACUUCCUAUUACUCUAAACUGAAUGAACAUCUGGCCAACAUGACUUUGUACAGCCCUCCAUCAAGCAAUCUUCAGGCACACUGGAGUAAGAUGGUGGAGCCAUCAGCAAAGAUCACAAGAUGGGAUACAGGCAUAGCGAUCCCACUCCUUCAGUUUGUUGGGGCAAAGUCUGUGGAAGUGCCAGCGGAAUUGGAGCUGCAUAGUCAUAUCCUGAAAACGCAUGCCCAGUCAAGAAUAUUGAAAAUGGAAGAAGGAGCAAAAUUAGACUGGGCCACAGCUGAAGCAUUAGCUUUUGGUUCUCUUCUCUGUCAAGGUUUCAAUAUUCGUCUGAGCGGGCAAGAUGUUGGUAGAGGAACUUUCAGCCAGCGGCAUGCCAUGUUGGUUUGCCAAGAGACAGGUGAAACCUACAUUCCUCUGAAUCAUAUGUCAUCUGAACAGAAGGGCUUUCUUGAGGUGAGCAAUAGUCCCCUCUCGGAAGAAGCAGUACUUGGCUUUGAAUAUGGAAUGAGUAUUGAAAGUCCCAACUUGUUGCCCAUUUGGGAGGCACAGUUUGGUGAUUUUUUUAAUGGAGCUCAGAUAAUAUUUGAUACAUUUAUCUCUGGAGGGGAAGCAAAAUGGCUUUUGCAGAGUGGAAUUGUAAUUCUCCUUCCUCAUGGCUAUGACGGUGCAGGUCCAGAGCAUUCUUCUUGCCGAAUUGAACGGUUCUUGCAGAUGUGUGACAGCUCAGAAGAGGGAGUUGAUGGUGACCAUAUCAACAUGUCUGUUGUACACCCCACUACCCCAGCGCAGUAUUUCCACUCACUCAGGAGACAGAUGAUCAGAAAUUUCCGGAAACCAUUAAUAGUUGCGGCUCCCAAAACUUUGCUCAGGUUGCCUGCUGCUGCAUCAAGCUUACAAGACAUGGCUCCAGGAACAACAUUUAGACCAGUCCUUGGUGAUUCCGUAGUGGAUCCUAAAAAUGUUAGCAGAGUGGUUCUUUGUUCUGGGAAGCAUUACUAUGCUCUGGCAAAACACCGGGAGAUGCUUGAAGAAAAGAAGCAGGAUACUGCCAUAAUCAGAGUGGAAGAGCUGUGCCCUUUCCCCUUAGAAGCCCUGCAGCAAGAAAUGAAUAAAUAUAGCAAUGCCAAAGAAUAUAUCUGGAGUCAGGAAGAGCCACAGAACAUGGGGCCCUGGACAUUUGUGUCCCCAAGAUUUGAGAAGCAAUUGGCCUUAAAGCUCCAUCUUGUGAGUAGACCAGCCUUACCAGCACCUGCAGUUGGCAUUGGAACCAUGCACCAAAAGCAACAGGAAGAUCUCCUUGCCAAAACAUUUAGUUGAGAGUUGUGUACUUUUGUAAUUUUUCAGUUGUUUUUUUUUUUAAAGAUCAAGCAAGAAAAUGAUAAGAUUGAACUAGUUUUUGAUGUGUGCUGCUUAGAAUUAUUGGAUGCAAUUCUGCCAAAGUUUAAAUGAUUUUAAAACCUCAUUCAGUGUAGAUUGCAGUGGAAAUUAGUGGCAUUGGAUCAUCUCAACUAAGGUUUAUUUCUAUGUAAAUGUGUUUUAGGUGCAAAAUGGUUUACAGUAAAUUACAUUAAAGUUUAAAAAUAAAAUCCUUAAUUUCUGAGACUACAUCUGUGGUGUUGUUCCACAGAUCAGGUAUCUCUUCAUGUUUUUGUGGUCUGGGGAAAUAGCCUCUUGGGCAUGAUUUGGCUUAGGAAAACGGGUGUGCGUGUUAAAAAACUUGGUUCUCCAGAUCCAGUUGUAUUUAAAGGUCUGAAUACUGCUCACUAAUGUCAGUUAGGGCAGACCCAUAGGAAUUAUUUUUUGGGUAAGUCAGAAUAUAAGUAGAUCCCAUUGUUUAAUUGGCCCUACUCUCAUUGGAAUCAACAAGGCCUAAAUGCUUAGUAACUACUUUAACUUUUAAAAAAUACAGUUAGAACUCCCCCACAUCAUGUAUAGUUUAUAUGUAACUUUCAAGGAUUUCUGUCCAAUGGUAAACUAACAUUUCCUUUUAAACAAGGUUCAUAUUUUGCUUCUUAAAGAGAAAGUGAAGUAAUUAUUUGUAAUUUAUCAUGGGUUGACUGGCCGAACUCAAAGAGAGCUCAACAAAGGGUCCUCUUCAUCCUGGAGAGAUAACUAACUAAUGGGAUGCCGCAAAUCUUGGACAAUGGAAUACAGGAUAUACUUAUUAAAUUUGCAGAUAACUGUUGCACUCCAGGCCAAGAAUCCCUCUGACUUCAAACACCACACAGCUGAAUAAAAUAGCAAGCAGUUUAUUGAAGGUAAUUAAAAGCAGUAGCAGUAAAAAAAAAUAAUUCACAGUAAAAGGUUUAUCCAAAUAAGUAGAAAGAGUAGAUAGGAACAGAAAAUCCAGGAAACAAAUACUGGAAUUUCGAAGGCAAAAACCCCAAAGUACUUAAACAUGAAUCAAACAAAGCACUUCAACAUGAAUAAUACAGGAAUCAAUGCAAAGCAUCCAGGAACCUGAGAUAAGAUCUUGAGCUAAUUCCGAUGUUACUUCACAUGGCUUCAAAUUCUGUACUUGACACUUUUAUCCCUGCUAUCUCUGCAACUGAGUUUCUUCAGCGUGGUCACUGUGAAAUCCACACCUGUGGUAUUUUGUCAGGAUCUGGUCUUCGAGCUAAAGUCAACAUAAACUGAACUUGAAGUGAAUUAUGAGUUGAUAAGGGGCCAUCUGGCCAGAGAGGGAUGCUCUGUUCCCUGGGAAUGGAAUGUAGCCAUAAACUAAGAUAAGGGGGGAGGAAGGAGGGGUGCAACACGGGUGGGUAGAAUACUACCGCUUUGGCAGGAAAAGCUUCAGAUCUAACUUUGUUUUCAUCCUGGCAAGACUAAAUAAUAAACGUGUGUCCAAGGAA